AUGGCUGUGAACAGCGUUGUGAACGACGGCAACACAAACAAUUAUACUGAACUCGAUCUCACUCUAAAUGUGAACUCCACUUAUAUUUGGCAGAAAUACGGAAAAUAUCUUGAAUGCUGCGAAGACAGAAGAGUAAAAUGGUUAGGGGACUUAACUUAUCUAAAGGAUUUUGUGUCAAGUUUGUACGGCAAUGUCGGCAAAUGGAAUUCUCCUGGGGGAUCAGCGAAGUGUUUUCGGCACGAUCAAAUUUGCCUAACCUGGUAUGCAAAUAAAAAGUCUUUGCUUUUUCAAGGUGAGGAGGGAAAUAAACUAAAAGAUCUGAUUAUAAAAUGCUAUAAAAACAGUGAUUUGGCGCACGACCAUGCCAAUACAUGCGAACAAGAACCUAUCGUAUUAGUCAACAACAGUAGACGAGAGUCACCAAAUGAGUGUCAAAAUUGUAGUCGUCUGUUUGCAGAAAUGACUGAAGUCAAUCGCAAAAUUGAUGGGCUGCAUGAGAUUGUCAAUAAUCUCUAUCAGUUGAAUACAAAGUUUGUAAAUUAUGAAUAUUCUAGAAAUGACGACAAACGAAGUACUUGUGAACUGGGCACGCAAACUGAUCUGUACUCGGAGCAGAGUGUUGCUCAACACCCAUCCGUCAUACAGACUGCUGAUAUCAACUUGGCUACCGAAAUAGAAGGCCUCAAGCUAGACGUUGUAAUUAUAGAAUCGAAAACUGCGAGAGAUUUGGAGGCUAACAGACAAGCGAUAGAACAGCUUCGAGGCGAGCUAGCGACCGUAGGGGUGAAGAUUAGAUGCUCCCAAGGGUGUCGUGUACUGCCUAAUGAUAAUGCUAAAGAAAAGUUAAAUUAUUCAACCCAAUUAAGCUUUCAAACACCAAUAAACGUUCAUGCUAAUCAUGGUAACUCUAAUUCAAUUCAACCAUGCGUUACUCACUCACCAACAAAUUGCGCCGAAAAAAACUCAAAUUAUUCAACUCAGCCAAGUGCACAAACAUCAACAAUGUGUGAAGCUAAUCAUGGUAAUCUAACCCAGCGAAGUCCCCAACCACCAACAAUUGACCACAACGUAACAAAUACUUGCGAAAUAGGAAACAGUUCCAGAAUGGAACACAUUAAUACCAUAGCAGAAACUGAACCGUGUGCACCGCGGAGUACCACGAUUGCUGAAUGGAUAGACCGUUUGCCUCUCGUUGAAACAGUACAAUCAAAGUUUAGCACUGAAAGCCGUCCUUUUUUUCGGAAACGCUACCGCAGGAAGAGUCGAGGCAGUUUGGUAAAACAGAAUCAUCCGGAAUACAUCAAGAAUCGCCGAACACAAGAUUGGCUCAAUCACCUGAACCUUGUACGCCAUAUUAUGACUUAA